CUCCAGCCUAGCUCGACUCGACCGUUCCACCCUAAACAGAGGCAGGCAUCGCAGCGCGCUCCCUCCUGGCCGCCUCUCGAGCGAGUGGCGACGACGGCGCCUUCGCUGCGCCUCAGUCUUCUUAGGCGGCGCCCCUACCCCUCGAAGCCUUCCGCCCCACCUAGCUCCCGUGCUCGCCAGCGUCCACUGACCAGCAGGCUCCCAGCCCCCAGCUCCCAAGCGGCCGCAGUGCCCCUGCAGGCCGCGGCCUAGCCCUUGCCUGUUUGCGUCUUGCUGCUGCACAGUGAGCCAGACAGCAAGCUUUGUUUCCUUCCAUUCACUUCGUUGUAGUGUGGAGAUCAGACUAACCAAGGGCAACCCAAAUUUGGGGAUUCUUUAAGUGAAGCCUCUGUAUAGAGAUAGUUUGAAGAUGAUGAACCAGCACAGGGAGGAGGAUGCAUUGAGAGGUCAAGCAGUCAAAAACCAGAAGGCGAUAUGGGACAAGACCCUGGAAAUGAGAUUCUUGCUGCAGAAGGCAUUUUCUACUUCCAACAAGUUGCCCCAGGAACCCAUCAGAGCAAGGUUUUGCAAUCAUGAUAAGCAGAUAGAACAAGCCUAUGAUGAUCUGUUGAAUUCAUCGAAGCAGACUUUGAGCAGCAUGAUGGAGCUGCAGGAGGCUAUGCUCGAGAGUAAUCAGGCUACAAAGGGUGCCAAUGAAAUGCCUUCUGCCUCAAAUGGAGACAACGACGAGUGGUCAGAAGUACAGAGAUUGCAGACAAGGAUAACAACAUUCAGAAAUACUGAGAUAGAUAAAUGGCAGAGGAAAAUACAGGUGACAACGGGUGCUGCUGCACUUAAAGGAAAGCUACAUGCAUUUAAUCAGAACAUUAGUGACCAAGUUGCUGGUUACAUGAGAGAUCCAAGCCGGAUGAUUAACAGGAUGUACUUGACCAACUCUGCUGUUAGUGUAUUUGGAAAGGAUGUGGGAGAACCUGGAACAGCUGAGGAGGGGCACAAUAUGGAAGGUGAUCCUGAACUUAUUGACGAUUCUGAGUUUUAUCAACAACUUCUCAAGGAGUUUCUUGAGUCAUGUGAUAAGGGGGCCUCAGAGUCGGCAAUUUAUGCUCUAAAAAAGCAGCAGGUUAAAAAGAGGAAGCUUGUUGAUCGUCGUGCUUCAAAAAGCAGAAAGAUACGGUACCAUGUCCAUGAGAAGGUCACUAAUUUCAUGGCCCCAGAGCCCAUGGUUCUGCCUCCAAUGGCUCCGAAGUUGUUUGAGAAUUUGUUUGGGAAUGCCAGCUAGAAUUCAUUAAAGCUUGGAUUCACUAAAGCUUGAAUUCAUUAAAGCAUGAAUUCGUUAAAGCUUGAAUUCGUUAAAGCUUGGAAUGUCAGCUAGAAUUCACAUUACUUGAUGCAACUUUUUUGUACUUUUGUAGAUUGCAAGUAGGUCAGUAGGUAUGAUGUUUUGAGUCGAAAGUUUUGAUGACCUACCAGUUUUGUGCGAGACAAGCACAAAGUGCCAUGGACAGGUGGGUCCUCGCUGAAUCGAUGUUACCUACAAGAUUCUCAAAAAUGAGAGGGAGCCUACGAAAUUCUUACAUGAGUUUGGAAGAAGCGUAUCUCCUAGAAAUUGUAUAUAGAGCCAGCAUUCUCAGUUUUGAUCCCGUUCAGCUGUGGGCUUAUGUCGUC